GAGAGAACGAGGUAGGCUUUAGGCGGCUACGAUCCGAUUUGUUCGCCUCGACUAGGAGCUCACUCGUACGCCGCCGCCGCCGCCGCCGCGCCGCCCCCUCCACCGCCGUCGUGCGGGACGGAGGAGGGAGGGAGCUCUCGAUCUCCGUCGGGCGUGGGGGACGCACGCACGACGUGCGGGGCCGCCUCCCCGGUCGGUUGCUGUAUCCGACCUGAAUCGUGGUGAUUCCAGGAGACAGUUUGUUGUGCAGGAAGGAAAAGUUGGAGUGCUACAGAACUAACUUCCACAGUUGAUAGAAUAAUGGCUGGCACUUACAAUGCUGGGGAUGGUAGAUCCUCAUCAACUGAAGAGAUGAGUGACCAACAGGAUCAUUCUGAGAAUACUCUAUCUGAGUGGAGGUCCAGUCAGCAAGUUGAGAAUGGAAUACCAUCCACCUCACCAGCUUACUUGGACACUGAUGACGAUGAUGAUGAUGAUUAUGGACCUAGGCCUUCUGAACUUUAUGGAAACUUUACAUGGAGAAUUGAUCAUUUCUCCCAAAUCAACAGGAGUGAGCUAAGGAGUAAUUCCUUUGAUGUCGGCGGAUAUAAGUGGUAUAUCUUAAUUUACCCGCAAGGAUGUGAUGUCUGCAAUCACCUCUCACUCUUUCUUUGUGUUGCCAACCAUGAUAAGCUACUCCCAGGAUGGAAUCACUUUGCGCAAUUUACAAUAGCUGUAAUUAAUAGAGACCCUAAGAAAUCCAAGUAUUCUGAUACACUGCAUCGGUUUCGGAAGAAAGAGCAUGAUUGGGGGUGGAAAAAGUUUAUGGAACUGUCAAAAUUACAUGAUGGCUUUAUUGUUGAGGAUGUUCUUACCAUCAAAGCCCAAGUUCAAGUUAUCAGGGAGAAGACAGACCGUCCAUUUCGUUCCCUUGAUGGCCAGUACCGAAGGGAACUAAUUAGGGUGUAUCUAUCAAAUGUGGAAAAAAUUUGCCGGCGCUUUAAUGAUGAAAGAAGAAGCAAGCUUAGCAGGUUAAUUGAGGAUAAACUGGGGUGGUCCAGUUUCUGUGGAUUCUGGCUAGCAAUGGAUCCAAGUGUGCGUCGGCACAUGACAAGGGAAAAGACUGAAACUAUAUUGAAAAAUCUAGUGAAACAAUUCUUUAUACAGAAAGAAAUUACAUCAACCUUGGUAAUUGACUCACUAUAUAGCGGACUUAAGGCACUAGAAUACCAGAGCAGGAACAAAAAGGGGAUACCUAAACUAACAGAGACAGAUGCUCAGAGCACUCCAAUGGUGCAUAUUGAUCAGGACAUGUUUGUUUUGGCUGAUGAUGUGAUACUUUUGCUUGAAAGAGCUGCGUUGGACACACUACCACACCAACCAUUGCCCACACAAGAUGAUGAAGGAUCACAGUACCACACAAAGGAUGGCAAGUCAAGCAACAAGUUCGACAAAGAUUCUAUUGAGCGUGAUGAUAGAUGGCUUACAGAGCUAGGCUGGAAGACACUGGAACUUUUUGCCUUAGCUCAUAUAUUCAGUCGAAUAGAAGUGGCAUACCAAGAGGCGAUGGCUUUGAAGCGCCAAGAGGAACUCAUUCUUGAAGAAGCAUCUGAGCGAGCUGGAAUUGAACUUAAGGCAAAGCGUAGUGCUGCUGAUAAGAAAAGGCGUGGCAAGAACAUGUGAAGUGUUAUAUUUUCGAAAAAAAAAGAAACACAGCAAUAUAGGCCUUGUUUAGUUCCGAAAAAAAUUCGGAUUUCGCUACUGUAGCACUUUCGUUUUUAUUUAGCAAAUAUUGUCCAAUCAUGAACUAACUAGGAUCAAAAGAUUCGCCUCGCGAUUUACAGACAAACUGUGUAAUUAGUUUUGUUUUCGUCUAUAUUUAAUGCUUCAUGCAUGUGCUGCAAGAUUCGAUGUGACGAGAAAUCUUGAAAACUUUUUGGAUUUUGGGGUGAACUAAACAAGGCCAUAAUUCAUCAGAUAUGCUAUGCUAUUGCAAUA